UUGUUUUGACGGGAAAUCACAUUUUUGCGAAAAAUCGUAUAUUUGCGGUUUUGGCGGGAAACCACGUUUUUGCAGUUUUGGCGGGAAAAUGUGUUUUUGCGGUUUUGGUGGGAAACGCGUUUUUGUAGUUUUGACGGGAAAACACGUUUUGCGGUUUUGGCGGGAAACCACAUUUUUUACGGUUUUGGCGGGAACCGUAUUUUCUGGUUUUGGCGGGAAAACACGUUUUGCGGUUUUGGCGGGAAACCGCGUUUUUUUGCGGUUUUGGCGGAAAAUCGUGUUUUGCGGUUUUGGCGAAAAAUGUGUUUUUGCGGUUUUGGCGGGAAAAUGCAUUUUUACGGUUUAUGCGGGAAAUCGCAUUUUGACGGCAAACACGUUUUUGCGGUUUUGGUGGGAAAACGUGUUUUUACGGUUUUGGCGGAAAACCGCGGUUUUGCGGUUUUGGCAGAAAACAUGUUCUUGCGGUUUUGGCGAGAAAUCGCGCUUUUACGGUUUUGGCGGGAAAACGAGAUUUUCUGUUUUGGCGGGAAAACGAGAUUUUUUUGGUUUUGAUGGGAAAACACGUUUUUUGCGGUUUUGGCGAGAAAAUGAGAUUUUUCGGUUUUGGCGGGAAAAUGCAUUUUUGGCGGAAAAUAAUUUUUUGGCGGGAAACACGUUUUUGCGAGAAAACGAGAUUUUCAGUUUUGACGGAAAAAUAAAUUUUUCGGUUUUGACGGAAAAAAUAUUUUUGUGCUUUUGUCAAUUUUUACGUGGAACAAAAUGAUAUUAUGUUUAGAUUUAUAAUUUGUGAAUUAUAUUAGGGGCAUAAUAGACAUUAUACUAUUUUGAAUGAACCAUCUUCAUUCAAAUGAUCCAAAUUGAUUCAUUUGAAUGCACUUUAAAAUUAAAUUUAGAUUUCCAAAAGUCAUCCGAAUGAUCCAUCUGAAUGAAUUGUAAUUUUAGUGUCUAAACAAACAAAACUCUCAUCUUCAUUUAAAUGGCUCAUCCGGAUGGAGAAACAAACAGGCCCUUAAUUAUUUUAGUUAUUAUAUAUUUAAUUCAUAGUUAUGGCACCCCAAAAAAAGUACGAAAUUAUUACAGUUUUGGAUCUUUAUGAAUCCUCUGCCUAUUGUGGAGGCUUUUGAUUCCCUUGAAGCAAUCAAUGACCUCUCUGUCUCUCAUUUGCCAGCAAAGAGAGAUUGUUUAAUGUUGUUUACGGUUCACAUUUUUAUACAUCAUAUUUUCACUGAAUCUUCCUCUGCUUCUCUCAGGAGGAAGAAUACCACUUAGUUGCAGCUAGAGGAAGAACUAUUAAGGAGUAGUUUUUUUUGUAACAAUGGAAGGAGGAGAAGAGUUUCAAGAAGAAGAUGUGUGGUCAGUUUUGAGAGAAAAGGAAACUCAAGGUCCUCAAACGAGAAUUUCCAGAAGUAGCAAUCUCUUCUCAGCCGCUUCUUCAUCUUCUGCAAGGUACAUUCCUAAGGGCAACGAGGUCUCAGGGGCAAAACAGUCAUCUGCUCCAAUGAAUGUUCCUGACUGGUCCAAGGUUUAUAGGAAUACGAAGAUGAACACAAGAAGCAACCAUUUGCAUUCGUGGGCCACUCAUGAUGAAGAUGAUGAUGAAGACUCAAUGGUUCCUCCACAUGAAUUGGUGGCAAGAAGGCUUGCAAGAACGCAGAUCUCAUCUUUCUCCAUGUGUGAAGGAAUUGGAAGAACACUCAAAGGAAGAGAUCUCAGCAAAACAAGAAAUGCUGUCUUAACCAAGACAGGCUUCUUGGAAUCAAACGUCACAUCCACAUCAUCGCCACCAUAGUUAUGUCAUGGUAUGGAGAACAUGAUCAACAUCUAGUAACUCUCUUUACCACCACCAUGCCAUCUCAUUAUCAUGAAUUUAAACCUAAACUUUAUGGUAUCCACAUGAUUUAUUUAAAAUGCAAUUUUAUUGUCGUUAUUAUCGUGUAGGGAAUCAUGGCUCUACCAAUAUGGUUGAGUUCUCUUUCUUUUUUGUUGUUGUUAGGUUUUUGGAUUUUUUAGAUGAGCAUGAUGACGAUGAGGAUGACUUGUCAAGCCCAUGCAUGGGACCCAUAUCAUUUUUCGUAUGUUGUCUUUAAUUUGUAUUAAUAAGCUUAGGAUUUUCAUUUUCGGAAAAUGGUAAUAUUCCUUUGGAACCUUUGAUAAUGAAUUUGAGAACCCCUCAAUCUACUCGCCAUUUGGUGGGCUCGAUCAAGGAGAAAAUGUUAAUGUUGGUGAUAGAUACUAACAUUUUUGGUCCGACAUAAGAUUAAGGGCUCGUGUCAUAUUGCUCAUUAGCUUUCUCUUUUCAUUGCUGUAUAAGUCCUAUCAAGUAGAGAUGGUGUUGCUAGGGGAUGGGUAUAUUUUACCCAUUUCGGGUUUUUGUUUUGGAUAUUUAGUUUGGAAUUCUCUUACAGCUGAAAAUCAUCUUGUUUGGUUUGACUCUGUUUAAUU